AUGGGCUUUCAUUUACCUGCAGUUAUUAGAUGCGCUUCAUUAAGCAGAAGCCGAACAUCAUCAAAGGUACUUAAUAUGCCAAAGGGCUAUCUUGCCGUGUAUAUUGGACAAGAGAUGAAGCGGUUUGUGAUCCCCAUGUCAUACUUGAACCAAACUUCAUUUCAAGAGUUGCUCAGUGAAGCAGAGGAAGAAUUCGGGUAUAAUCAUCCAAUGGGUGGCUUAACAAUUCCUUGCACAGAAGAUGUUUUCUUGCAUAUUACUUCUCACUUCAAUGGACUAUAA